AUGACUGUGUUGAUUACUAUGAUCAAACAGAGAGCAAUGACGGAGUCGGUGCCUGGUCGCAAGAUGCAUAAUUGUGGAGACAAGGAGCUGUCCUACUAUGAGCCAAAUGGCACAGUCUACUCACCUAUCAACAACAUGGGCAUCAAGCUGCUGACAGUGCAACAAACACACACCUCGUUGGACGCCUUGCGGAGGAACCAGCGACUCAGGAGCAGCGCUGUCAUCAGGAGGCACCCACGAGCUAAUAAGAGUGCCACCAUAGGGGACAUCUCCCUGUCAACAUUCAAAAACAAUGUGGUGUGGUGUAACGGCUAUCGAGAGACCUCUUCCAUGCAGGCCGCCGCUCUCCCUGAUGUUCCCAGUUCUUCAUCCAAGAAAGGAAACAAUAAGGCUAAUCCUUUUACGGUCAAAGGGUUGAGAAGACUCCCUCCAAGUCAGAAUGGGACCAGGUCUGGCCGCUCCUUUCCCGAGUCAUCUCCUCCCAGGGGGAGAUCCAUCAACCCAGGCACCCAGCUCUCCUCCACCACCCCCCUACCUCCAUCGCACCCCUGGAAGUCCAGCUCUCCUCCACCACCCCCCUACCUCCAUCGCACCCCUGGAAGUCCAGCUCUCCUCCACCACCCCCCUACCUCCAUCGCACCCCUGGAAGUCCAGCUCUCCUCCACCACCCCCCUACCUCCAUCGCACCCCUGGAAGUCCAGCUCUACAUGCUACCGGACCCCUCCACAGUUGGCACCCACAAAGCCCCUGGUGGUCCAACAGAGGAAAAAGAGAUGGUGCCCUCUCCAAGACGGUGAGAGGGUUGGCUUUGCAGAGAUUUUGUUGAAACAGAGGAUAAUGCUUUGA